AUGGCGCAGAAGGAGACCAAUGGCAGCAACGGCGAGCACAUCUCCACCCGCCCGCCGCCCACCCCCUCGCCCCUCCGCUUCUCCAAGUUCUUCCAGGCUAACCUGCGGAUCCUCGUCACUGGUGGGGCGGGCUUCAUCGGCUCGCACCUCGUAGACAAGCUCAUGGAGAACGAGAAGCACGAGGUCAUUGUUGCUGAUAACUUUUUCACUGGUUCAAAAGACAACCUGAAGAAGUGGAUCGGCCACCCAAGAUUUGAGCUCAUCCGUCAUGAUGUCACCCAGACGCUUCUUGUGGAGGUUGACCAAAUCUAUCACCUUGCUUGCCCUGCUUCACCAAUCUUCUACAAGCACAAUCCUGUUAAGACCAUCAAGACCAAUGUUAUUGGUACCCUGAACAUGCUAGGACUUGCAAAGAGAGUUGGAGCUAGGAUUUUGUUGACAUCGACCUCUGAAGUUUAUGGUGAUCCGCUUGAGCAUCCUCAGACCGAAGCCUACUGGGGCAAUGUUAACCCAAUUGGCGUCAGGAGCUGUUAUGAUGAGGGUAAGCGUGUAGCAGAGACGCUGAUGUUUGACUAUCACAGGCAGCAUGGCAUUGAAAUCCGUAUUGCCAGGAUUUUCAACACCUAUGGGCCUAGGAUGAACAUUGAUGAUGGCCGUGUUGUUAGCAACUUCAUUGCUCAGGCUGUGCGUGGUGAGCCCUUGACUGUCCAGAGGCCCGGAACACAGACUAGGAGCUUCUGCUAUGUUGCCGAUAUGGUUGAUGGUCUUAUUAAGCUGAUGAAUGGAAACAACACUGGACCGAUUAACUUGGGGAACCCAGGUGAAUUCACCAUGCUGGAACUUGCUGAGAAUGUGAAGGAGUUGAUCAACCCAGAUGUAACAGUGACAAUGACCGAGAACACUCCUGAUGAUCCCCGCCAGAGGAAGCCAGACAUCACAAAGGCAAAGGAAGUUUUGGGGUGGGAGCCCAAGAUCGUCCUGAGGGACGGCUUGGUGCUCAUGGAGGAUGAUUUCCGGGAGCGCCUGGCCACAAAGAUGGCGACUUAUGAGCCCAAGAACAUUCUCAUAACCGGCGCUGCUGGUUUCAUCGCAUCACAUGUCGCCAACCGCCUGGUUAGGAACUAUCCCCAAUACAAGGUUGUUGUCCUUGACAAGAUUGACUACUGCUCCAACCUAAAGAACCUCAAUCCUUCACGGUCUUCACCAAAUUUCAAGUUUGUCAAGGGUGAUAUUGCAAGUGCUGACCUGGUGAAUUACCUUCUGAUCACCGAGUCGAUUGACACCAUCAUGCACUUUGCUGCUCAGACACACGUUGAUAAUUCUUUUGGCAAUUCAUUUGAGUUCACAAAGAACAAUAUAUAUGGCACCCAUGUUCUUCUUGAGGCUUGCAAGGUUACUGGUCAGAUCAGGAGGUUUAUUCAUGUCAGUACUGACGAGGUGUACGGUGAAACUGACGAAGAUGCUGUGGUUGGUAAUCAUGAGGCCUCACAGUUGCUUCCAACAAAUCCAUAUUCAGCUACAAAAGCUGGGGCUGAAAUGCUUGUGAUGGCAUAUGGAAGGUCUUAUGGUCUUCCUGUGAUUACCACUCGUGGCAACAAUGUGUAUGGGCCAAAUCAAUUCCCUGAGAAACUCAUCCCCAAAUUCAUUCUUUUGGCCAUGCAAGGUCUACCUCUUCCAAUUCAUGGAGAUGGUUCCAAUGUCAGGAGCUACCUGUACUGUGAGGAUGUGGCCGAAGCUUUUGAGGUGGUUCUUCACAAAGGAGAAGUUGGACAUGUGUAUAAUAUUGGUACUGUGAAGGAGAGGAGGGUGAUUGAUGUGGCCAAGGACAUAUGCAAGCUCUUUGGCUUGGAUACUGAGAAAGUCAUCAGGUUUGUUGAGAACAGGCCCUUCAAUGACCAGAGGUACUUCUUAGAUGAUCAGAAGCUAAAGAGAUUGGGAUGGGCAGAGCGCACACCAUGGGAAGAGGGCUUGAAGAAGACGAUGGAGUGGUACACCACCAAUCCUGAUUACUGGGGAGAUGUCACUGGUGCGCUGCUCCCUCAUCCAAGGAUGUUGAUGACUCCUGGAGUUGAAAGGCAUAACUGGGCUGAAGAAAUCAAGUCUCUGGCCUCUUCGCCAGCUGAAGCUAGUACAGUAGCUCCUGCAACCAGUACCAAAAGCAUCUCUGAUGCCCCUCCCAAGCCUUCCUACAGGUUUUUAAUCUAUGGCAGGACUGGAUGGAUUGGUGGCCUCCUUGGCAAGAUUUGUGACAAGCAAGGGAUUUCAUAUGAGUAUGGGAAAGGGCGCUUGGAGGAGCGAUCUCAGCUGUUGGAGGACAUUAGAAAUGUGAAGCCAACUCAUGUCUUCAAUGCUGCCGGAGUCACUGGGAGACCGAAUGUUGACUGGUGUGAGACCCAUAAACAGGACACUAUCCGCACCAAUGUUGUAGGCACUUUGAAUCUUGCUGAUGUCUGUCGUGAGCAGGGUCUGCUCAUGAUUAAUUAUGCUACAGGCUGUAUAUUUGAGUAUGAUGCUAAGCACCCUGAAGGGUCUGGUAUUGGCUUUAAAGAGGAAGACACACCCAACUUUAUGGGUUCCUUCUAUUCUAAAACGAAAGCAAUGGUGGAAGAGCUAUUGAAGGAGUAUGAUAAUGUCUGUACUCUUAGGGUCAGGAUGCCCAUAUCAUCAGAUCUAAGCAACCCUCGUAACUUCAUCACAAAGAUAGCUCGUUACGACAAGGUGGUGAACAUUCCCAACAGCAUGACAAUUUUGGAUGAGCUUCUGCCUGUCUCUAUUGAGAUGGCGAAACGGGACUGCAGGGGAAUAUGGAACUUCACCAACCCUGGUGUUGUUAGCCACAAUGAGAUUCUAGAGAUGUACAAGAAAUACAUCAAUCCUGAUUUCAAGUGGACCAACUUCACACUCGAAGAGCAGGCCAAGGUCAUAGUCGCACCUAGAAGCAACAACGAGAUGGACGCGUCGAAAUUGAAGGCUGAGUUCCCUGAGCUGCUGUCGAUCAAGGACUCUUUGAUCAAGUAUGUCUUUGAGCCAAACAGGAAGGUUCCUGUUAAUUGA